CGGUGAACAGCCUGCCGGCCGAGGUGCUGCUGGAGGUGUUCUCCUACCUGCCCCUGGCGGACGUGGCCCGCGCCGCCACCGUCUGCGAGCGCUGGCGCGACCUGCUGGCGCGCCACACGGCCGUCUGGCGCCACAAGGAGUACUUCACGCGCAAGAAGUCGAGCCGGGACGAGGUGGCGUCCAUCGCGAGCAACAUGCCGCAGCUGCACUGCGUGCACGUGCUGCGCGACAACGAGUUCGGCGUGCACAUCGCGUGGCCCGAGGCGGCCGUCAGCCUGUGCUGCGACGCCCCCGCGCCGCCCUUCGUGCGGCCGCCGCCGCGCCGCGUGCCCGGCCCCUACACGGUCGAGUUCAACACGCGGCGCCUGGUGGUGUGCAGCGCCACCUUCCAGCACUGCCUCAAGUGGGUGCGGGGCGAGACGCUGGAGGCGCUGCGAGUGGCCGACCAGUGCGAGGGCGCGGGCACGCACCCGGCCAGCCCGUUCUACUACUACCGCGACUUCAGCGCCGGCAGGCACUGCUACGGCCCCAUCUGCAGCUUCCGGGGCCCGGAGCCCCUGUUCUGCGCGCUGUGCGCCUACAGCCACCACUACAACUGCGCCGGCAGGGCGUGCCCGCUCGGCGGCCCGGUCGAGGUGGCGGACGGCGUCGAACUGUGGUGCCACCCGGGGCCGGGGCGCCCCGGCGGCGGCGGUGGCCGGCGGGGGGCGGAGCUGGAGGACGCGCUGCGCCGCCCGCUGACGGUGCGCUGCCCGGCGCUGGAGGAGGUGACGGUGUCGGGCGUCGGGCUGGCGCCCACCGAGCUGCGGCUGCUGUGCGUGGUGGCGCAGCUGCGCGUGCUGCGCGUCGAGUCGGCCUGCCUGCGCGGGCUCUUCUUCCUGCGACACUGCCGCGACACUCUGGAGGAGCUGACGGUCACGGACGCCACGUGGCUGCCGCCGGAGAGCUUCAGGGACCUGCGGCAGCUCCGCGUGCUCAAGCUGCUGCGCGUCUCCAAGUUCCGCGCGCCGCGCGUGGCGAUCGCCAAGUACACGCGGCACCUGCGCGGGCUGCGGUGCGUCCUGCAGAAGCCGCUGGAGGAGGCCGCCGCGGCGACGCUGCCCGCCGAAGAGGAGGAGAUCGGCCUCGAGUAG